ACGGCGGCGGCCGCGACGUUAGCCGUGGCCAUUACGGCGGCCGCUGCCGUGGCGUGGUACGCCUCCGAUGGUGGGCCGCCGCCGCCGACACCGGUGGUGGCCGACACGGUGCUGAUCCACGCCACCGUGUGCGCGUGCCAACUCCUAGCGUUCACGGCCGUCGUGUAUUUGCUGUCCGCGUGCUGCGGCGUGCACGUCGUACGCGCGGCCACCUGCCGCGGUGACAGACGUACCGCAUGUCACCGCUACCCGGGAGGCCCGCUGUCCGAACCCGUUACCACUCGCGACCCCGACUCUGCGGACGGCCUGCACCACGACGGUGGCCACCCGUCGCAGACGUGCGCCGACAAUCACGUGCACUACCGGCGCAGGAAGAUCAGAUCAGCCGCGCCACUGUUACAGCGGUCUGAACCACACGAAUCGGAAUUGUUCAAAAGCAUUGCCGACAACAACCCCGAAGACUUAUUAAAAUCGUCUGACUCGGACCUGGACGAGCCGUUGGACUAUAAAGAAAAUUCCUAUUUUCCAGUCCGUGUGGGAUCCGUCAUCAACGACCGUUAUCACAUAAUAAAGAAACUGGGUUGGGGUCAUUUCUCAACCGUUUGGCUCUCUUGGGACGACGUGGCACACAACUUUUCAGCUCUGAAGGUAGUGAAAUCCGCAGUUGACUACACAGAAAGUGCAUUAGACGAAAUACGAAUGUUGAAAAGUAUUUAUCGUCACCGAGAUAUGGAUACGAACCGUACAAAGAUUAUUCAGUUGUUUGACGAUUUCCGAAUAGACGGUUUGCGGGGUAUGCACGUGGUCAUGGUAUUCGAGGCACUGGGACCCAAUUUACUUAAGCUCAUCAAGAGGACCAACUACCAGGGGAUACCUCUGUACUUGGUGAAACAUAUCAUCAGACAAGUGCUGCAAGGGCUGAAAUACCUUCACGAGACUUGUCACAUAAUUCACACGGACAUCAAGCCUGAGAAUAUAUUGAUUUGUGCUCAACACCAAUACAUAAAGCUAACAGCCGAAAACAGUUGCAAACAGAUGUCUAUACUGAGCUUACGUAACAGAAAAUGUGGAAAAAAUAACGCCGAUGAAAGAUUACAGGGUAAUUAUCGAUUAGACGGAAUUCGAUCGGAACAAUCGUUGGACAUGGAGAGCGAGAGUUAUGCCGAAUCAAAUUGUUAUUUUAGAAAAAUUAGUAAAUUCAAAAGAUUAUACGAAUUGUUGGAUGAUUUGGGAAGUGUAAAUAUUAAAAUAGCUGAUCUCGGUAACGCUUGUUGGGAGGAUAAUCACUACACAGAAAACAUUCAAACUCGUCAAUACCGAAGUCUGGAGGUUCUCCUAGGUGCUGGAUACGGCACACCUGCGGAUAUUUGGAGCACAGCUUGUCUGGCAUUCGAGCUGGCUACCGGCGAUUUUUUAUUCGACCCGCACUCUGGGGCCACUUACAACAAAGACGAAGACCAUAUAGCCCACAUAAUCGAGCUCUUAGGUCAGAUACCGAUGUACGUGAUUCAAAGCGGCAAGCACUCCAGCAGCUUUUUCAGGACCAACGGCAAUUUGAAACACAUCAGUAACUUGAAACCGUGGUAUCUAUACGAUGUGUUGACAGAGAAAUACGAGUGGAACACGAAGGAGGCCAAGGCAUUCUCAUCGUUUCUGACACCAAUGUUAGACUUGGAUCAGGAUAAUCGAGCUUCAGCAACCCAAUGUCUCUUAAACCCAUGGAUGUUGGCAUAACGUAUUCGUCAUUCGAUUAUAAAUAAUUAUAUUAUCAUAAGUAGGUAGUAUAGUGAAAUUUCCAUUAUUAUAUUAUACAUGUGUGUGUGUUUACGAGUUUUACAGUUUUUAACUAAUUAUACAAACAAAUGAUUAUACAUACAGCAUAGAUACAUACAUACAUUCAUAGAUAUAUAUCCGACUGUAUAAGCUCGUAUGUAUACUGCGUCUAUAUAACACCAAUUAAGUUAUAUUUAAAUGUUGUAAAAUAUAUAAUAUAAACGUGUAUGGCUAUGUAUUUUUUUUAUGAUCAUAAGAGAGAUGGACAUUAUUAUAUUUUGUCUUUUGCCCAUAAAAGAAAAACGGGAUCAACUAUAAUAUAAUGGCCUCACGCUUAUAUUAUAAGACUCAAUUUUCACUGAUAUAUAUUGAGAAUUGAGAUACUAACAUUUAUUAAAUUAUACCUUCUUUAAAAAUUGUGAAUAAAAAUUAAUAUUAGUAUCAAAGUUAUUAUAUUUACAAUGUAUUAAUCUUGAACGAACUAGGAUUUUGAUGAGUAUACAAUCUUUAUAAUGAUAUACGGGGUGAUCGGGUUAACAGUUAGACAGUAAGACAUUCAAUAAUAAUGAUUGUUACAUUUAUUGAUCAA